AUGGCAGACUGGACCAGUGUCACCAGCAACACUACACUCAGCCAGGACCUCCGCUUUGUUCACUACUCUCUUUCACAAUUCCUGCAUGUUCUACAAAUUUAUGGGUCGUAGGCGGACAGGAGCUGCCAUGAACGUGCAGUAGAAUCUACUAAUUAUCUUGGCCGACCAAUAAGGCUGUAGAUAGGAAGAUAGAUUAAUUAUUGAAGGUUAAUUGUGAAGUAUCGUAGGGUCCGCUAGUGGCUGCUGCGUCGGACAUUGAGGAGACUCGUCCCUUGUUUCUAGCAUAAAAGUUGCAGACCUCAGAAAAGAUGGUAUUGACUCGGCUCUCGCACUUUGGUGAGGUAUGCCCAUUGAGCGACCACAGUUACAGUGACCCAGCAGCCCUGCCCAACCCUUCACAUCAUGCUUCUAACAGCAAACGCUUUCCUGUAAAUGUUGGGGCAAAAUCCUCUCCGUCAUCAGCAACAUCAGCAUCAUCACUGACAAGCCCAUCAUUUUCUCAAUCAGCUUCCACAGUGGCAUCACCAUUGCUCUCUGUCACUAUCUCACAGGCAUUGUCACCAUCUUCACUAUCAACAUCGACAACUGUUUCAUCUACAGAUUCACAAAAUCAUGAAGUUAUAAGAAUGCACAUCCUUCACCUCCCAAAUGAAAUUUUUGAAAAGAUAUUCUCAUACCUCUCCUUCAAGAAUAUUGGAGAAAUAAGACGGACUUGUAAGAGGUUUGAGCAGAUUGGAUCGACUCUGCUGAAUGCAUCUUUCCAGCGCCUUCAGAAUCAGAUGCUUCAAAGAUUCCAGUCCAUUAAGGGGCAGAUGCCUCGGAGAGAAUCUGCACGUCGGAAGCAUCCGCUGGCUCGUGAAUCGGAUAUUGUUGAAACCUUACACAUGCGUCUAACUCUUCUUCAGAUGUCUUUUGGGAAACAUAUUGAGCGGAAACAUUGCUGCUUCUUUGCUGGGGAUAGAUUAAACUUGGAUUUGAUAUGUCUGUCUCAUGGAGCAGCUAGUAAACCUGUUGGUCUGUGGUUUAUGGGCCGCUCCCUGAUUGCUGAGCAAGUGACACUGCUAUUAGUUUCAUCAUGUAUGACUAAUGAUCCUGAAACUCUAAAGAAUUACAUCACCACCCUAAUGGUGGGUAACUUGAAUCUUUGUACUGAAAAUAUGGCUCUUCGCGCAACAAUAACAAACCAUGAAUCUAAGUUACUUCACCUUGAGAAUAAGAUCAACAGCCUUGAACAACAGCUAAAAUCAACUGGCAUGGCUGAUUUUGGCAAGACCAUCCAAGCAGUUAUAGCCAGUCACACAGAUCAAAUAACUUCCCUAAACACGAAGGUUGAAGAUGCCGUCAAGGACUGGAAAAUAAAUGUGGAUACCCAAUUGAACCAUUAUUUUGCUUACCAAGAUGAUAAGGCAGAGCAAGAUAAGCUAGCCAAUGCAGUAGUGAUUAACAGUCCACUCUUUCCUAGUGAAUUAAACCAUACCAACUGCAAAGCUACAACUCUUCAGAUCAUACAAGACCACCUACAUGUUAGUGUGCCAGUGUCGGAAAUACUUUGGCAUGUUACCGAGUUGUUUUUAUUUACUUCUCAUUUCAGGUAUAACACACAGUUAGUUGCUCUAAAACGUGAGCUGAAAGGAUGUAAAGGCAAAAUAGCUGACCAACACAAACAGAUGAUGGAGUAUGCAACACGCAUGGAUGAGUAUGAUAAGAAAUUUGAGGAAUCUUCACGUAAAUUCAGUACUGUGCUCCAGGAGCUGAACAAGUGUAAGACUGAACUUCAGUACUGGCGGUCCAAGUCACCAGCACACCCAUUGUUGUGCUAUAGUUGUGGCCAGUCAGUUGGGGAGGGGUCAGGCCAGCAGCUUCAAGCUGGUGUUUUAAUGCAGGGUAGUGAUGAAGCUGUUGUGUAUGUUCCCCUUGCUGCUGCUCCAGUUCCAGAGAGUGCAGAGAAGGAUAGUCCUCCGGGCGUCAUCCUUGCUCGAGAUGAGGGUCGAGACAGGUGGCAUGCAGUUGGGGGCUCAGUGAGGAACCUUGAACGUGUUUUUGAUUUAGACAUACAUAACCAUACCAGGCCUACAGUGGCUUCUCAUAAAUCACAAACUCCAGCUUCUCAGCCUCAGGCUCUGCUCUCAGGCCUUUCUUCCUCACAAGCCACAGUUGCCUCUCAGAGUAAAGAUGAAUCCCAGAGAGAGACUGCCUCCACUGUGGCUACCUCUCACUCGAAUGUCAGUCACAGAGUGUACAUCUCGCAACAUUCGCUAGGAUCCCACCCUCAACUCAGUACCUCCCAACCGGUGGCUGAUUCAUGUUUGUUGUCUGCUCCUUGUGCUCAAACUGCAUCUGAUGCCUUGUCUCCUUCUACUACCGUCACACAGUCUCAGCCUGUCAUUGCCUCCCAACCUUACUCUGCGUUCCAUGCAUGUGCUGCGUCUCAGGAUUCAGAACAUCGAUGGGAUGAUGGUCAGGAGUGUGCCGAGGAUUUGUCAAUGUCUCGCUCCUGUAAACGUUAUUUAGAUGAUGAUAUGGAUUCUGGUGGUCUGAAACGCUGUUCCAGUGAUGAGGACAGUGAUAAUUGUGAUGUCUGUGAUGAUACUGUUGGACGCAGGGUUAAGGAACGAAAGAGAAUAAAGUUGGACACUCUGUAAAUGUCUAAUAUUAUUUAAUACUAUAUGUGGAUAUUUUUGUUAUUAGUGUCAUAAACUUUUUAUUUCCAUAGAAAAUCUAAAGCAUUUUGUUCCAUUUUCAUUUUACUCUUAUCUGCAUGAAGUGAAUCAAGAGCAUUAAAUUGUCAGACAGUAACAGACACAGCCCCUGUCAGUAUAGGUUUAUAUUUAUAUUCUAUCAUUUUAGGAGGUGGGAGGGGGCAGUGCUUGUUAUACAGUCAUAUACAGCAGGAAUAUACCUUAAGAUUAUGCUACAGUAGUUUAAAAAUUUAGGUGGUUCAUUUAAAAGCCAGUAAAAUAUGGCACAUUAAUGAAGUAUACUAUUGAAAGCUCUGUGCUUGUGGAUCCUCACUUUUUUUUUUUAUAAGAUACAUGGGUGUGUUGAGAUAUUUUGCUUGCUACGGUGGUAAAAAUACAAAAUAACUUAAUAAAUGUAUGUGAUGUACAUGUGUAAUUUAAUUACUGUAUUGGUUAAAUAUUGUUACUAUUAAUUUACUUCAAUUCAUUUUAUUAGGAUUAUUAUGCUUCUGUUCUUAAAAUUAAUAGGACCUAAUUAAUCUUCAGUGUAAUGGAUACUUACGUGUAUAUCUCUGAUUCCUUCUUACCCCUGGAAAGUCUCCUCCAAGGGUUGGCCAUGACAGAAAUGCCUGAAAGCACUUAUAUUUAAACAUGAUACACCAACACCUUUAUAGCUGUUAAGACAUAAAAACAGUCAUCUUGAAGGGUUUCCCCUCUUUUCUUUUUUUUCACAAAGUACAUGUAUAUUGUUUAUCCAACACUGUUGUACCUCACUAAAUAACAAAAAAAGGCAUAAUACCGUGACUGGAACGAUACACAGAUAACCCGCACAUAGGAGAGAGGAGCUUACGAUGACGUUUCGGUCCUUGGGCACCUAGCUCAUCUUUCUUAGUAUUUGACUGGCUCCUCCUCCCCCUCCUUCCUCCCCCACUAUUACUACUACCUUCUACCUCCAUCACUACUUCUACCACUACUACUGCUACCACCACUACCUC